UGCCCUGGUUCCCAUCAUUCCAUCAGAGGCUGUUCAUCACAGACGCUCUCAUCCACCUGCCCCGGUCUUCCUGUACCUGCCUGCGACAGUUGAAAAUACAAACUCUGAUUUAUUAUUUUAACAUAAUUUUAUUAAAAUAACACGCAAGGAAAUUAAAUAUGGCGAGCAGCUUCUCCAGGGUCCUACUUUCCAAACGCAAUGCCGGGAUCUUGUCGCUGGUGGGAGGCUCAGUAACGGUCGGAUUCUUGCUGCACCGGGAGCACGUCAGCGCCGGGACCCCAGUCCGCAGGAGCUACCCCGCCAGUGCGGAGUACCCUGACCUGCGCAAACACAACAACUGCAUGGCUAGUAACCUGACUCCUGCCAUCUACUCUAAGCUGUGUGAUAAGGCCACUCCCAAUGGGUACACACUGGACCAGGCCAUCCAGACAGGUGUGGACAACCCAGGUCACCCCUUUAUCAAGACGGUGGGCAUGGUGGCAGGAGAUGAGGAGUCCUACGAGGUCUUUGCAGACCUAUUGGAUCCAAUCAUUAAAGAAAGGCAUAAUGGCUAUGACCCCGCCACCAUGAAGCACCCCACUGACCUGGAUUCCAGCAAACUUGUAUCUGGACAGUUUGAUGAGCGCUACGUGCUGUCCUCAAGAGUAAGGACAGGUCGCAGUAUCAGGGGUCUAAGUCUUCCCCCUGCAUGUACGCGGGCAGAGCGCAGGGAGGUGGAGAGGGUGGUGGUGGACGCCCUCGCUGGACUGAAGGGCGACCUGACUGGGAGGUACUUCAGCCUAACCCAGAUGACAGAAAAGGAGCAGCAGCAGCUUAUUGAUGACCACUUCCUAUUCGACAAGCCCGUGUCACCACUCCUGACAUGUGCAGGCAUGGCUCGUGAUUGGCCAGAUGCUCGUGGUAUUUGGCACAACAAUGAGAAGACAUUCCUGAUCUGGGUCAAUGAGGAGGAUCACACCAGGGUCAUUUCCAUGGAGAAGGGAGGAAACAUGAAGAGGGUGUUUGAGAGGUUCUGCCGAGGUCUCAAAGAGGUGGAGCAUCUCAUUCAGGAGAGAGGCUGGGAGUUCAUGUGGAACAAGAACUUGGGUUACAUCCUGACCUGCCCAUCCAACCUGGGCACAGGUCUCAGGGCCGGGGUCCACGUCAAACUGCCAAUGCUUAGCAAGGACACUCGCUUCAGUAAAAUUCUGGAAAACCUGCGCCUGCAAAAGAGAGGAACAGGUGGAGUUGACACCGCUGCUGUGGGUGGUGUGUUUGACAUCUCAAACCUAGACCGUCUAGGACAGUCUGAGGUCCAGUUGGUUCAGACAGUGGUUGAUGGUGUCAACUACCUGAUCGAAUGUGAGAAGAGACUGGAGAGAGGUCAGGACAUCAAGGUGCCCCCACCCAUCAAGACAUUCAAAUAAACACGAACAGCUGACCUCUGCACACUACUGUGUGGGGCACACACAUGCACAAAUAGGCCCUGCUGUGUGCCCAUAUGUAUGAUCAGUAUCUACUGUAUGUCAUUGUCUCAUCUACUGCAUUACUACAACCUAAUCUAAGCCCAUCUCCUUUACCCACAGUAUAUUCCUGAAUAUAAUCUUUGUAUGUUAUCUGGUGAGUCAUUUUCCCAGGACGCUGCUUUG